AACGGCAGUCGUUUUGAGGAGAACAAAACAGUAGCGAAGAGGCAACAGAGUGAAGAUUGGCGUUCAGAUAAAUCUGUGUGGGAGACAAAGAGUUAGACAGAGAGAGCAGUCAGUGUGGGGGAGUGUUAGAUAACAAGAAAAAAAAUGGAGAAAAAGAGAGUGAGUUUGGAAGGAAAGAAGGUGAUAAUGGUACCGUACAUGGAGGCACACGUCCCAAAGUACCAUGAGUGGAUGCAACACCCGGCUCUCCUUCAAGCCACUGCCUCUGAGCCCCUCACCCUUCAACAGGAGUUCCAGAUGCAGCUCACCUGGACCCAAGACCCUAACAAGCAGACUUUCAUUGUAUUGGAUAGGGAGAUGGUUGUUGGAGAGUUCAUUCAUGGAGAUCCCCAUGUUGAAGCAUGCCCUUUUCCAGCCAUGGUCGGUGAUGUGAACUUAUACAUGAACAACUUCGAUGAUCCCAAUAUGGCAGAGAUUGAGAUAAUGAUAGCUGAACCCAAAAGUCGUGGGAAAGGACUUGGAAAGGAAUCUGUCUUGUUAAUGAUGGCCUUUGCAGUUGAGAGCUUAGGGAUACACAUCUUCCGCGCUAAAAUUGGGGAAUCAAAUGGAGCAUCUCUUACCUUGUUCCGGAAAUUGGGAUUCGAAGAGGCUUCUUAUAGUGAAAUCUUUAAAGAGGUGACUUUGGAGUUACAAGUAACAAAGCCCAAGCAUGAGGAGCUCCUGCAUUUGCUGGGUAAUGUAGUUACUCAUGCAUAACUUUAUCUGUGUAGACCAAGCAAGUAUAUUGGAUUAACUAUGGUUUGAGGAUGUACUUACUCAUGAGAUGGCAUUUCACUUGAAUGUAGGGGUUAUGAACUAAAGAAAGAUAUUUUGAUAGAUUAUUUUUGCUAGAUUUGUAAUUCCUGAUCUUUUGGCCCUUUUCA